ACCUUGACACCUCCUAUUGAUUGGAGAAGUGUGAUUACCAAUUCGGUUAUGUUUGGAACAAACAAGUUGUAUUGGCAUAUGGUAUGGGAUUUUAGCAGAGUUUUGCUACAAAGCAUAGAGAUAGAAUUCUAUUCCUGUUUUAUUAUAUUUUUUUUUCUACUGCAAAGACAAUUGUGCAGAGAGAAAUGCGGUUUUUCCAAGAAUGCAUUGAAAACAUGCUGUCUUAACAGUUGAAUCGUGUACUCAGCUGUAAUUUUCUUGACAUAUAAGAAUAUGACAUGAAAUAUCAAUCAUUACUUGCCUAAGUUGACUAUCAAAUAGAAGAAAGAAACACAUUCUUUCCCCAUGUUUAAUGUUGGAGAAACUUCCAAUAAGUCCAAAAGCUUCCCCGUCACUACUUGUUGAUUAACAGCUGUUGCAAAACCCAAGAUCUCACGAGUUCCCCAAAAAUUAAACUAAUCAACAUUUCUUUAAUAUUUAUAUUCCAAAACUUAUACAUCAAGCCAGUCUUCUUUCCCAUCACUUCUCAUCAAAGUUCAAAACAAAUAAACAAGUUUGCUCCAUACUAACCAGCCCACUUUGCCCAACUUCUCCCGGCUAGUAGUUCCUGAAUGUGAACAUGAUCUACUAAGAAAUUGAUGGCAGUUAAGAAGAAAAAUAUGCAGUUGGAAAUCCAUUUCUUGUUGUUCUUCUGCUACUGCUUUGGUUCUUGUUCUUUUGGUCUUGCUGCAAAGGUGGCUGAAACAACCAAGUUGAAUGAGGAAGCAUCGGCUUUACUAUCGAUAAAGGCUAGUCUUAUUGAUCCAUUUAAUAGCCUUCACGAUUGGAAAUUGCCAGACAAUGUGGACCUGAAGUAUUCAGCUCACUGUAACUGGACUGGAGUAUGGUGCAAUUCUGAUGGGGCAGUUGAAAAGCUUGAUCUCUCGAAUAUGAAUCUCAGUGGGCGAGUUUCAGAUGAUAUCCAACGGCUGAAAAGCCUUAGUUCUCUCAACUUGUGCUGCAAUGAACUGUCAUCAACUUUACCAAAAACCGUAUCCAAUCUCACAUUACUCAACAGCAUUGAUGUGAGCCAAAAUUUAUUCACUGGCAGCUUUCCUGUGGGUUUUGGAAGGGCUUCAGGACUAACUUUGCUGAAUGCUUCCAGCAAUAAUUUCUCAGGAGUUCUCCCAAAGGAUCUUGGCAAUGCAACUUCAUUGGAUACUCUAGACCUAAGAGGAAGUUUCUUCCAGGGUUCAGUUCCAAAGUCUUUCAAGAACUUGCAGAAGUUGAAAUUUCUUGGCCUUUCUGGAAAUAAUCUCACUGGCCAGAUACCAGGAGAGCUCGGGCAGCUUUCAUCACUGGAGACUAUAAUUCUGGGGUACAAUGAAUUUGAAGGUGGAAUACCGGUUGAGUUUGGGAACCUCUCUAGUCUAAAGUACCUUGAUUUGGCAGUUGGCAAUCUUAGUGGAGAGAUUCCAGCUGAACUAGGGAGGCUCAAGCUACUAGAAACAGUUUUGUUGUACAAGAACAGCUUUGAAGGCAAGAUUCCAUCAUCAAUUGGCAACAUCACUUCCUUGCAGUUGCUGGAUUUGUCUGACAAUAAUUUAUCUGGAGAAAUUCCUGCUGAGAUCUCCGAGCUUAAGAACUUACAACUCUUGAACUUAAUGUGCAAUCGGUUAUCAGGCUUAGUUCCCGUUGGGCUUGGAGGUUUGACACAAUUGCAAGUGCUUGAGUUGUGGAACAAUUCCUUGUCAGGAUCACUUCCAAUUGAUCUUGGCAAGAAUUCAGCAUUGCAGUGGUUGGACAUAUCGUCCAAUUCGUUCUCUGGUGAAAUCCCAGGAACCUUGUGCAAUGGAGGCAAUCUUACCAAGCUCAUUCUAUUCAACAAUGCUUUCUCAGGUCCAGUGCCAGUCAGCUUAUCAAAUUGUCCAUCACUUGUUCGUGUUAGAGUGCAGAAUAAUCUUCUAUCCGGGGCAAUUCCAGUUGGACUUGGCAAACUUGGGAGGCUUCAGAGGUUAGAAUUGGCUAAAAACAGUCUCACUGGGAAAAUCCCGGAUGAUAUUGCUUCUUCUACAUCACUUUCUUUCAUUGAUCUUUCUAGUAAUGACCUUCGAUCUUCUCUCCCUUCUGCCAUUCUUUCAAUCCCAAGUCUGCAAACAUUUAUUGCCUCAAACAAUAACUUGGGUGGUGAAAUCCCAGAUCAGUUUCAAGAUUGUCCUUCACUUUCUGUGCUUGAUCUGUCAACAAACCAUUUUACAGGAAGUAUUCCAGCUAGCAUUGCUUCCUGUGAGAAAUUAGUUACUUUGAAUCUGAGGAAUAACCAAUUGACUGGAGAUAUUCCGAAAUCAAUUGCUAUGAUGCCCACUUUGGCUGUUGUUGAUUUAUCGAACAACUCUUUAACAGGUGGGAUACCUGAUAAUUUUGGAACUUCACCAGCUUUAGAAAUGCUCAAUGUUUCAUAUAACAAACUAGAGGGUCCAGUUCCAGCAAAUGGUGUGCUAAGAACAAUCAAUCCAGAGGACCUUAUGGGCAAUGCUGGUCUCUGUGGUGGUGUUCUCCCUCCAUGUAACCAAUAUUCACCAACUUCAUCAGGGCAGAGAAGCUUGCGAGCAAAGCAUAUUGUUGCUGGCUGGCUCAUUGGGAUUUCAUCAAUUUUAGCAGCUGGAAUCUUACUUAUCGGGGGGCUAUUGCUAUAUAAAAAGUGGUAUUCAAAUGGUGGUUGCUUCGAAGAAAGGUUUGAAGAAGGCAAUGGAGAAUGGCCAUGGAGAUUAAUAGCAUUCCAAAGACUUGGUUUCACAGCUGCUGACAUCCUAGCCUGUAUUAAAGAGUCAAACGUGAUCGGAAUGGGAGCCACUGGGGUUGUAUACAAGGCUGAGAUUCCACAGUCAAAUGCAAUCGUGGCAGUUAAAAAGUUGUGGAGAUCAGGAACUGAUAUUGAAACAGGAACCAGUGGGGAUUUUGUUGGAGAGGUGAAUCUCCUUGGGAAGCUAAGGCAUCGAAAUAUAGUUCGGUUAUUAGGAUUUCUUCAUAAUGAUACUAGCAUGAUGAUAGUAUAUGAGUUUAUGCAAAAUGGUAGCUUAGGAGAAGCCUUAAAUGGCAAACAAGCAGGUAGGUUGUUGGUAGAUUGGGUUUCCAGGUAUAACAUAGCACUUGGAGUUGCACAAGGGCUUGCUUAUCUCCACCAUGAUUGUCAUCCACCUGUUAUACAUCGAGACAUCAAGUCAAAUAACAUACUGCUUGAUGCGAAUCUUGAGGCAAGAAUUGCUGAUUUUGGUUUGGCAAGGAUGAUGGUCAGAAAGAACGAAACAGUCUCAAUGGUAGCAGGGUCUUACGGGUACAUAGCUCCUGGUAAGUUACCAAUUAACAUCUCACUUCGAUGGAUUCGAUUCUCUGUUUAUAUGAUAAUCCUAAUUUAUUUAUUGUGGCUCAUGUUAUUUCUUAAUGACCCUGUGACAGAGUAUGGUUACACCUUGAAGGUUGAUGAAAAGAUCGACAUUUACAGCUUUGGAGUGGUUUUACUGGAACUUCUAACCGGAAAGCGGCCUUUAGAUCCCCAGUUUGGAGAAUCUGUAGACAUUGUUGAAUGGAUUAGGAGAAAGGUUGGAGACAACAAAGCUUUAGAAGAGGCAUUGGAUCCCAAUUUAGGAAACUGCAAGCAUAUUCGAGAAGAGAUGCUCUUAGUUGUCAGGAUAGCACUUCUUUGCACUGCCAAGCUCCCCAAGGACAGACCAUCCAUGAGGGAUGUGAUUACGAUGCUUGGUGAGGCAAAGCCUCGGAGGAAAAGCAGUAGCAAUGAUGGAAAUGCAUCAAUCAAAGAGAAGCCAGUCUUUAGCACAUCACCUGUAAAUGGCCUCAUGUAGGAGCAGAAUCACGCUCCGUUUCUGCCCCCCCACCCCUCUUUUUUUGGGCAAAACUAUAUUCUUCUUUGUAUGUAGCAUUUAGUUGUUAAUGCUUGUCCAGGUAUAUCAAGCUGGCUUUCUCCUUAAAAUAAAGUUUCAUUUUCGUGCAGGAGUCAUGCAAGAAGAUAAUUCCAUUGUACCUGAAAUUGUUAAUUCUCAUUGCCAAUGUAUUUGUUAUAGUACAGAUCUACAGAUCAAUUCUUGGAAAAUCUAUCUUCUUUUGUUAUUAGAAAUUAUACUUCAGCCAAACAUGUUCUGAAAUUGGUAACUUACCUAUAGUUCUAUAGUUCUAAAGUACUUUGGAUUAUUUGUCUCAUUAAAGGGUGAAAAUUGGAAAUGAUAAAGUUUUAUUAUUGUCCUAGAGACUAAUUUUUAGGGGAAAUUCUGCCCAGAACUUUAGAAGUUAUCAAGGAAGAGCAAGUCAUCUCUACUGAGUUUCAACUUUCCUGCUGCAAGCAUACUUAUAACAAGUUAUGAUAAUACAAUGACCAAUCCUGGUAAAGAAUAAACUUGUUCAGCAGAGUAAUUAAGCUUUAUCUUUAAAAACUAUUCAGAAAUCACUUCACAUAGAUGAGCUAUCAUGCCAUAGAAACCCUUAUGUAAGAUACAAAAGAGGACUUCCCUGAUGAGCAGAGUUCUCAAUCAUGCUCCAAAUUAGCAUAGUUCUUAUGGUAUAAAAUGGAUGAACUUUCAGUUUUGGAAAAAGAAGAAUAUGCUAACAGAAAACAAAAAAGGGCAGAAAUUAAAGGAAAAAACAACAAACUUGCCAUUGAUAAGGAAAAACAAUCUCAUUCUGAGGUCCCAAAAAUUAUUAAAAAAAAAAAAAAAA